AUGGACGUCAUUUCUUUUGACUACCAACCUCAGUUGCUCAUUACUUUUGCUUACCUAGUGCUAAUCUCGGGUGUACUAAUAGUCAAGCUCAUUACGCCGCUAAACAGGUUGUUGGAGUAUGGAAAAAACACUCAACUAGUGGCCAAUGCAUCCUCCGCACCAACAACGCCACUCGUGAGUGUCAUAGCCGACAAAUUGGUGGUGCCAAAGCUGUGGUUUACGCAUUUCUACAUUUGCCUCUUUACGCUAUCAACUGCCUCGUACUUCCGCGCCUGUCAUGACAAGUUGGUCCCAGGGGAAUCGGCAAGUUACAAGAAUGCCCUGAUAAUUCAAGGGCUACUCGUGUUGCAAGGGGGUCGAAGGAUGGCCGAAAGUUUUUUGGUGACGAAAUUUUCGCCAACUUCAAAGAUGAACUUCAGCCACUACGCCGUUGGGUUGUCGCAUUACGUGUUGAUCGCUAUGGCCACCUACUUUGGAGUCAAUGAGUUUUGCGCCACGAGCGCAACAUUCACCAUCAUGGACUACCUUUUGAUGGCAAUGUUUGGUGCGUCGUCGUACCAGCAGUUUAGCGUCCACUACCACUUGGCAAACUUGCACAAAUACUCAUUGCCCCUGUUCCAAACUGUCGCUUCGCCUCACUAUAUGUGGGAAGUGGCUCUCUAUUCUGUGCUUUUGAUCUUCAGCGUCAAGGAUGGAGUUACACCGAUGACUUGGUCUUUUCUAGCUGCUUGGGUCUUUGUCGUGGUGAAUUUGUCCAUCACUUCCAUCGAAACUUACAAGUACUACAAGAGCAAAUACCCAGAUGAGUUUAGAUUGAAAUGGGCCAUCAUCCCCGGUAUCUUGUAA